AUGAAGGCCGUCCUCUCUCUGGUCGCCCUUGCGGCGUCGGCCUUUGCCGCUACAACGCCCACGGUCCGUGACACGCCAUCUGGCACCCUGACCGCGCGUCAAGCCGCCGGCUCUUGCUCGGGCUCCUUGUCCAAGUUCUCCCUGUUCGGUGUUUCGGAGAGCGGUGCUGAGUUCGGAAACAAUGUCAUCCCCGGUACCCUCGGCAAGGACUACACAUGGCCGUCCCCCAGCUCUAUCGACUACUUCGUCGGUUUGGGCAUGAACACGUUCCGCAUUCCGUUCUUGCUCGAGCGUCUUGCACCCCCCGCGACGGGUAUCACCGGCCCUUUCGACCAGACCUACCUCUCCGGUCUCAAGACCAUCGUCAACUACAUCACGAGCAAGGGCGCGUACGCACUCAUUGACCCACACAACUACAUGAUCUACAACGGCGCGACAAUCUCGAGCACCUCCGACUUCCAGACGCUGUGGAAGAAUUUGGCUGGCGAGUUUGUGUCCAACUCGCACGUCAUGUUCGACCUCAUGAACGAGCCCCAUGACAUUCCCGCUACGACGGUCGCCUCGCUCAUGCAGGCCGGUAUCAACGGUGUCCGCGCUUCGGGUGCUACGCAACUGAUCAUGGUUGAGGGAACUUCUUGGACCGGUGCAUGGACUUGGGUAAGCGCUGGUAAUUCCGCGGCCUUCACCAAGUCUGCGAUCCAUGACCCUCUCAACAACACCGCCAUCGAGAUGCACCAGUACCUCGACUCUGACGGCUCUGGAACAUCUGCGACUUGCGUCUCCAACACCAUUGGUGCCGAGCGCCUCCAAGUCGCCACUCAAUGGCUCCAGCAGACUGGUUUCAAGGGUUACCUCGGCGAGAUCGGUGCUGGUUCCAACACCGCCUGCAUCCAGGCCGUGUACGGCGCCCUCUGUGAGAUGGCUCAGGCUGGUGGUGUCUGGCUCGGUGCGUCUUGGUGGGGAGCUGGCCCAUGGUGGGGAGACUACAUCUACGGCAUCGAGCCCCCCAGCGGCGUCAUCGAUGCGCAGAUGCUCCCGCAGGCGCUUGAGCCGUUCUUGCCCGCUACCGGCAUCGCCAGCGGCUUGCCGAGUGGACCUACUUCCACUGCUGCAUCUGGUACUACCUCCUCUGCUCCCGCGGCUACCACUACGGCGGCAACGGGUGGCGCGGCACACUACGCCCAAUGCGGUGGCAUCGGGUUCACUGGGCCCACGACGUGUGUUGCGCCCUUCACUUGCACUGUUUCCAACGCCUACUACUCUCAAUGCCUGUAA